UGUGGGUACAAUGCAAAAAUACUUGUGGCGUUAAGGAGAUAAUUUGUAUGCACAUAUGGGUACAUAAAGAAAGAUGAUUUUUAAUGAAAAAAUGUUCAAAUCGAGCACGUUGUGUCGAAAAUGGAAUAUAUUUCCAUUUCUAUUGUUUUUAAUAUUAAAAUUUUCUAAUGGCUUGAUUCCGGAUACAGAAGACAUCUAUACUAAUAACGACUCCACAAAUGGAAAGUUUGCAUUACUUAUGCCAAAUGUCAGGCCAAAUAUUCCCGAAUUAUAUUUAUGUACCCCUGUGAAAGUUGAUUCUUCCUCAAGCUAUUAUAUCAUUGGCUAUGAACCAAAUGCAACAAUGAACACUGCACACCAUAUGCUUUUAUAUGGAUGUGAAGAACCAGGAUCUAUUAAGCCUGUUUGGAAUUGUGGAGAAAUGUCAAAAAAGAAUGCUGAAGAAGCUGUAAGCCCAUGUGGAAGUCAUGGUCAUUCACAAAUCUUAUAUGCAUGGGCAAGGGAUGCACCAAAACUUGAGUUACCUGAAGGUGUUGGCUUUAAAGUUGGAGCCAGCUCUCAAAUCAAAUAUAUGGUUUUACAAGUACACUACGCACAUAUCGAUAAAUUCAAGGAUGGCAGUACUGACGACUCAGGAGUUUUUAUCAGUUACACUACAAAACAAUUAAAUAAAAGAGCUGGUGUCAUACUUUUAGGCACAGCUGGUUUAAUUCCACCAAUGGCUGUUGAACAUAUGGAAACAGCUUGUGAGAUAAAUGAGCACAAAACAAUAUAUCCUAUAGCAUAUCGUACCCACACCCACAGUUUAGGCAAAGUUGUAUCAGGUUAUAGAGUUCGAGCUAAUGAGAAAGGAGUUCAGCAAUGGACUUUACUUGGAAAAAGAAAUCCUUUAACACCACAAAUGUUUUAUCCUGUUGAAAAUAAAGAUCCGAUAGUAUUUGGUGAUCACUUAGCAGCUAGGUGCACAAUGAAAAGUACAAGACAUAGAGUAACAGAAAUCGGAGCAACUAAUGAGGAUGAAAUGUGCAAUUUCUACUUAAUGUAUUAUGUAGAAAACGAUGAACCGCUUUCGAUGAAAUAUUGCUUUAGUCAGGGACCACCAUAUUACUAUUGGAAAAAUCCAGAUGGAGAAUUGAAUAACAUUCCAGAUAACAGCGCAAGCACUUUGUAGAUAUAUAAUUUUAUUUAAUGUGUAUAUAAAUGUAAUGUAUCUAAAUAUAUAUUAUAAAAUUUGUGUGUAAAUA